AUCAUUGGCACCAAAUCGAAACUCAAAACAUCUCAUUAACCAUCACUCACAAACAAGAUGAAGCAGGGGCUUCUCCAAUGGAGUCCUUGCUCCCACUCUCACUCUUUCUCUCGGCUAUUCCUUCCACAAGUUUCCUUUCCAAUCCGCACAACCAAACGCGCUCCUUUACGAUCAAUCUCCACAACUUUAGAUUCUGUAAACACCCAACAACAACAACAAGAGCUAUCGGCGAGAGAGAGGAGGCAGCUGAGAAACGCAAGAAGAGAGAGAAAAUCUGGUUACAGCUGGAGAGAAGAAGUUGAAGAAAGGCUUUUAAAGAAGCCGAAGAAACGAUAUACUUCUUGGACCGAAGAGCUCAAUCUUGAUAACUUGGCUACAUUGGGUCCGCAAUGGUGGGUAGUUCGGGUUUCUCGGAUUAGGUAUCAGGAGAUUGCUGAACGACUUGCUCGAUCGCUCGCUAGGAACUUCCCUGAUAUUGAAUUUAAGAUGUAUGCUCCAGCUAUUCAAGAGAAGAGGAAACUAAAAAAUGGUUCCAUCUCGGUAAAGCCUAAGGCUAUUUUUCCAGGUUGUGUUUUUUUAAGGUGUGUGUUGAACAAAGAGAUACAUGACUUCAUCAGGGAUUGUGAGGGAAUUGGCGGUUUUGUUGGUUCCAAGGUUGGAAAUACAAAAAGACAGAUAAACAAACCUAGGACAGUAUCUCUUGAUGAUAUGGAAGCAAUCUUCACAGAGGCAAAACAAGCACAAGAAAAAGCUGAUCAAGCUUUCGAGGAAGAGCAGCAAGGAGAAGAAAACCUCAAAUCUGACAAGCUCAAUGUAGAAUCUAAUUUAGUUUCCAAUGAUGUUGAAGAAUCUAUUUCAGAUUCCAAGCCUAAAAGGCGAUCCAGAAAAGCUUCUGACCCUCUUGCUAAUGGUUCAUCUUCAGUAAAGGGCAAUAAGCGCCUUGCCCCAGGUUCAACUGUUCGAGUUGUAUCUGGGACUUUUGCCGAAUUUGUUGGUAGCCUCAAGAAACUGAAUCGCAAAACUAAAAAGGCAACUGUUGGCUUUACAUUGUUUGGAAAAGAGACCUUAGUAGACCUAGAUCUCAAUGAAAUUGUUGCAGAGAAAAUGUUGUAGAUAAGUUAUUCCUGAUCAUCGUCAUAAAUGGUUUGCAUUUAUCAAUUUUGUAAGGUUUACCCUAUUUAAUUUUUGGUUCUUCUUGUUCUUUUUCUAAAACCUCUUUUGCGUCAUAAAGUGUCAUAGAACUUGAUUAGGUUUUAUUUUUUUUCAUUUUAUCAAGUUGCUUAUUUAUUUCUAAGGUUUAAGUGUGCUGAAUACACCAUGCACCAUUAGUUGCAUGAAUAGUAGCACAAAAUAUGGGAAAUCAUUUUGGAAGGUCAGCUACAAGACAAAUCAAAUAAUAUCAGUUAUCCGUCAAAUCAAA